CUUAUGACGACGACGAGGACUAUAUCUUUUCCCUUACCACCCCUACGUGCCCCAGCAGCAUCCAAUGUCCUCAUCGUCUUCGUUUCGGAACUAUAGGGUCGUCAUCGCGUCGCUUUUCUUGCCCAAUACCAUCGUUCUCGGUACAGAUGGGUCAGGCAAGUCGACACCGGACAACGUCGCUCCUCGGACGACGUCGAAGGCCAAUGGCCUCUCCUCAUCCGCAAAGCCCAAGGAUAUCAACAUGCCAGAGGUUGUCUUGAGGCUUCAGAAUGACAAGACGAAGCCCGCGGUGCUCUCGAGGGCUCCUCCAUUGAAGAGCAUUGUGGAAGAUCUGAGGGAUCGGUCGCGGCAUCCUACGGGCGCACCAACGUCACCAGUGAAUGAAUCCAGCAAUCCAUUUUCCAAAAUCAAUACACCUACAUCGAUGUCCAAGUCGCCUAGUACGACCGACUUGACGUCGCCAACAAAAGGGCCCCCGCUUUCCUAUAGAAUUCCGAACCAACGUCGUUUACGCCGUCGCGCGUCUUCUCGUUCACUCUCUCGACGAUCAGACCACGCUCCGUAUUCCCCUGACCUUGACGGUCCAAAUCCCGAUUUUCACAUCGAACCUAACGCUCAUUGUAACGGUGGCCUUAAGAAUGCUGUGGACUCGGUAUCAUUCAGUACGGCGCGAGCUCAGCCUCGGAAGAAAAUGUGGGUCGGCACCUUGGGCGUGGAGACGGAUAGUUGGAGCGACACGCUUCGUCAGCGCACGUCGACGCGUCUUCGAGCUGGAGGUUACGAAAGCGAGGUCGUAUGGGUCGAGGAUGCCGUGUUUGAAGGUUGUUACGAUGAGUUUUGUCACCAGGUCCUGUGGCCCGCCCUGCACUACGCGAUUCCUGAUGCACCGAAGACUACGAUGUUCUACGAGAGCGCCAGUUUCAAGCAGUACGUCAAGGUGAAUCAGAAAUUUGCGGAUACGAUCAAGCAAAUCUGGCGGGAAGGCGAUGUGGUGUGGGUGAAUGACUACCAUCUGAUGCUUCUCCCUGCGAUGUUGCGGGCCGCAGGCGUGACGGGCCCUAUCGGGUUCUUUAUGCACAUCGCGUUCCCCUCGUCGGAAAUCUUUCGGUGCUUGUCCGUGCGGGAUAAACUAUUGAAGGGAAUGCUUGGCGCCGACUUGGUGGGAUUCCAAACUGCGAAUUUCGCGCGUCAUUUCAGGCAGACUUGCUCUCGCAUUCUGGCUGUCGAGGCCCUUCCAAGGGGUAUUCAACUUAUGGGCGAGGAAGAAGGAAGUAGUCAGGAGGGCAAAGGGAGGUUCGUCGAUGUGGGAGUGUAUCCCAUGGGUAUCGAUGUCGCGCUUCUGAGGGAGAGGAGACGCGAACCGGAAGUGUCAGAGUGGAUAGCUGUGCUAAAGCAGCGAUACGCGGGGAUGAAGCUCAUUGUUGGUCGGGACAAGAUGGACGAGAUACAGGGCGUCAAGCAAAAAAUUCAAGCCUUUGAAGUCUUCUUGGAGAAACAUCCCGAGUAUCAGGGCAAAGUUGUUCUCAUCCAGAUUGCGAUACCUUCGAAUGCUCCGCGGUCACCGAACACAGCUACGCCCAACUCGGCCCUUAUAGAUCAAAUCUUGACUACGGUAUCUUCCAUCAACUCUCGUUUCUCGACUCUUACCUAUCAGCCUAUCGUAUUUUUGCCGACAUCGGACGUUACCUACUCACAGUACCUCGCUUUGCUCACCUGCGCGGAUGCGUUCAUUGUAACCUCACUCCGAGAAGGGAUGGCGCUUCGAACACACGAGUUCGUCGUCCUCCAAGAGGGAAAGGAACGUGGCAAGCAAGGUGUCCUCGUUCUGAGCGAGUUUACGGGCAGCUGGAGCUUUAGAGGCUUUAGGAGCUGCAUUGGCAUUAACCCAUGGGAUAAAACUGGUACCGCCAAUAGCAUCUAUGAAGCGCUCAAUGACACAUGCAGCGACGUGGAUGCGGUUGAAGGACGGUAUCGAAGGUGGGAAGAGCUUCUUGGUUGGGUUGAAGAGCAGAGUGGACAGAAAUUCGUUACCGGAUUUCUGGGCCGCUGCUCGCGUGCCUGGCAGGAACACCAGCGGGGAACUGAGGGUGGCAAUAGCGGGAGCGUAGAUGUGCUGGAUAGGAGCAAGGUUGGACGCGUCCUUGUGCAAUGGAGGCACUGUACGCGAAGGCUUGUUCUGGUGGACCUGGAAGGCACGUUGUGGGAUCGGGAGAAGUAUAGAUUUAAGAUGAAGUUUAAGAAGGACGUGGACGUGCAGGAUCCGGGUCUCAAGGCGGCGAUCGAAAUUCUGAGACAACUGAAUGCUGAUAAGAGGAACGAGGUGUGGGUGCUCAGUGGCUUGACUGUCCAGGGUGCGCUGGGUGUCGUGGCCAGAGAGUUACCAGACAUUGGUAUAGUCGCUGAAAACGGUUGUUUCAUCAAGACGCGAACACGACGAGGCCAACCCUCCCAGUGGAUCAACAUGGUCGGAAAUCUCAACAUGACGUGGAAGUCUUCCUGUGUUGAGAUGCUCAAUUAUUUCACGGAACGAACCCCAAAUUCAUUCGUCGAAGAGCGCCAGACCUCGGUGGUGUGGCGGUUCUGGACGGGGGAUCCCACGGAAGACUCUGCUGAUCGCCAGUGGGCGCGAAGGCAAGCUGCCGAAGCUCAGAAUCAUAUCUUCGACAGUCUAGGCGAACGAUAUGGUCUCCGGAUCAUACCCGGGGCAAACAGCUUCCUCGUCAUCCCGAACAAUAUCUCUCGGUCGACUGCGGUGGGUGCGAUCCUGCACCCUGGUGGUCCUGCACAGGCUCCGCUGUCUGGAAGGUCGGCGUGGACGUCGAACGAUCUGGCGAUGGCAUCUGGAGACGAUCUGGAGUGUGUGCUCGCUGUCAGUGGGGACGAGAAGCUUCUGCGCCGGUUGAAUGAGCUGGAUACGGCCGAGACGUGUUCGACGAGCGGGAAAGGCACCGAUGCGAAAUGGAGAAUGGAUCGGGCGCAGGUGGGGGAGUUGUUGACGGUUUUCGCGCGUGUAUAGAUGGCGAUCGUCGGUUAGAAAACAUGUUACUCGUUAUGCCCACCACUCAGUUUUUCUUUUUUUUUGCUAUUUUUAUGGUAUUCAUAAUUCUUCAUAUGUACGAUAACAGCAACUUUUAUGAUGUAUCCUAGGUGUCCUUUUUUAUGGCAUAGUAGUAGUAUACAGGAUAUGUAUCAAGGAAGAAGGG